AUGAAAAAAUCUCAGUUAUAGAAAACUCGAGCGAACGAAAAUUUAGAAACCACUAGAAUUGAACUAACAAUAAUUAACCAUCACUACUAUGAUUUGCAUAAUGACGAUAUCUUCUUGACAGGAAUAUUUCGUUGUUCAUUUGAAAUUCCGUGAAUACCCUUGCCCUUAUCCCUUGAAAACCAUGACAAAUUCGUUCGUCUCUACCCACACAAACAAAAAAGCAAACAGCAAAACCAACGAAAUAAAAAACAACUCCCUUUCUUUCGGUUGUUUAAACAUGUCAAAGGACGUUAUUGAAGAAGGACAAGCUCAUCACCAUGGAAAAGACUAUGUUGAUCCUCCUCCAGCUCUCUUUUUUGGCAUGGAUGAUCUUACCAAAUGGUCUUUUUACAGAGCCCUUAUAGCUGAGUUCAUUGCUACUCUCCUCUUCCUCUACGUGACCGUUGCCACUGUCAUCGGACACAAGAAGCUCAACAGUGCUAACCAAUGUGAUGGUGUUGGCAUUCUUGGCAUUGCUUGGGCUUUUGGUGGCAUGAUCUUUGUCCUCGUCUAUUGCACUGCCGGCAUUUCUGGUGGUCACAUUAAUCCAGCAGUGACUUUUGGAUUGUUCUUGGCAAGGAAAGUGUCAUUGAUAAGAGCAGUUGCAUACAUAAUUGCACAAUCACUUGGAGCUAUAUGUGGUGUUGGUUUUGUGAAGGCGUUCAUGAAGCAUUACUACAACACAGAAGGUGGAGGUGCUAACUCUGUGGCACCUGGUUACAAUAAGGGUACUGCUUUGGGUGCUGAGAUUAUUGGAACUUUUGUGCUUGUUUACACUGUCUUCUCUGCUACCGACCCCAAGAGGAGCGCUCGUGAUUCCCACGUCCCUGUUUUGGCUCCUCUUCCAAUUGGAUUUGCUGUUUUCAUGGUUCAUUUGGCCACCAUCCCAAUUACUGGAACUGGUAUCAACCCUGCUAGGAGCUUUGGAGCUGCUGUCAUUUACAACCAGGACAAAAUUUGGGACGACCAAUGGAUAUUCUGGGUUGGACCAAUGGUGGGAGCGAUGGCAGCGGCGGUAUACCAUCAGUUUGUAUUGAGAGCAGGAGCAGUAAAAGCUUUGGGAUCAUUCCGCAGCAACCCGACCAACUAAGCAAGUUACCCACCACCCUCAUAACCACGAGAAGAGAAGAAGAGAAUUGCAUUCACAAAUUCAAAAUUUUCUUGUUUAAUUGUUUCAUUUUGUGUAUUAGGACUAUUAAUGUAUGAACCUUUUUACUUGUUUGUUAUGUUAAGUCUCGGAUUUGUAUUUAUUUGGAAUGAGUAGUGUUGGUGGUCUUUUCUCUUUCAAAUUCCUCUCUUGUGAAACUGGAACCCCACUCCCUACUCUCAUAAAUUGUGUUAGGUUGGUUUGGUAGAGUGUAUAAAAAUAAUAUAAAAUAUGGUGUAUUAGUAA